AUGCCACAAGAAAAAGGUGAUUACUGGGAUAAUUAUGAAGAAGUUAUUGUGGAUGGAAAAGUUCGGUUUAAAUGUAUGCUUGGUUGUGGAGAUAGUUGGGCGAAAAAUGAAACAAGACUUAAAGAACAUUCAGAAAAUUGUAGUAAACAACAAAGAGCUUCAAAUAAUAAUCAAACUACUCUUGACAACUAUGUCAAAGUUGUACCAAGACAAAGUCAAAAAGUUUAUGAAAUACUUUUAACCCGUGCAUUUAUUUCUUCGGGUAUUCCUUUUAAUGUAAUUGAAAAUCCUGAUUUUCUUGCUUUUUUACAAAAAACUAAUCCAAGUUAUACAGUUCCUUCUCGUUAUAGAAUUUUCAAUAUUUUAGCAACCUUACGCCAUUUGCAACAAGAAAAGUAUGGUCAUGAAAUUGGGCAUAGUUUAUUAAAAACUAAAAUUGCAUUACGUUCCACUUUAACUGAAGAAAGUAUCGUAAUAACUAAAAAGAUUCAAACUGUUAUUUGGCAGGAAUCUUUUUGGUUAAAUUUAAAACACUUACGUGAUUUUUUAAAACUGUUUGCUAACUUUAUUCAUAUGAUUGAAGGUAAUUAUUUACUUUUGUCUACAGCAUAUGUAGAAUUUAUUAAGCUACAAAAUAUUGUAAAAAAUAAUCAACAAAUACCAAAAGAAAUCUCUAGUCAAGCAGUUAAAUUCGGAAAUAACCGAUGUGACAAGUUUUUUUAUAAUCCUGCAAUAAUGGUUGCUUAUAAAUUAGAUCCACAUUAUCAAGCUGAACUUUUAGAUCCUUUAGAAUGGGAUGAAUUAAUUGAAAAAGAAAUUAUUAGACUAGCUGGUAAUAAAUCUUCAGAAUUAGUCUUGAAAGAAUUAGCAAAUUAUAUUGGCAAAAUUGGUCCUUUUUCUAGCACACAUUUGUGGGACAAAUUAAAAGAAGAUCCAAUUGAAUUGUGGAAUUUAGUAAGCAACCAUGCUCCAAAUUUAAGUGAAGUUGCACUUAAAGUUUUUUCAAUACCCGCAUCAUCUGCUUUAAAUAUUAAUAUUAAAGAGACUACUAAUACUACGGAGAUCAUCAAUGUCGAGGAAGAGGAAACAAUCGAUGAAACUUAUGAUGAUAUAAAUUUGUUUUAUGAUUCAGAGUUGGAUGAAGCAAAUAAAUUGUGGGAAGAUUUAGAAAAUAGUAAUGAAGAUACAGAGUUAGAUGAAGCAAAUAAUAGUUUAAAUAAAUUGUGGGAAGAUUCAGAAAAUAGUAAUAAAGAUAUGGAUUAUUUA